CUAGGUUUGCUGCAUUUUCGAAUAGAAGAAUUCUAUAUUUUGCUUUUUUUUUCUUUUUUUCAAACCCAAGAUUAUAUUUGAACAGGAAAAUGAGGCAUGGUUAUUGUAUGAUUAUGAUCAUUUUAGGUAGAUAGAUCCAACGAGAAGCCCAAAUAGCCCAAAAUCUUGGAAUAGGGAGUGAAAGGAAUUGAAAUUGAUUUCCCCAAAUCUCCUCUGUUUUCCCUUCAAUGGAAAUGGUGAUGUUGUAGGUAGCAACUGCCAUCGCCAUGGACUACACCAGAUGGGCUGAAAUGCAGCAAUACCCUAACCCUAACCCUAACCCUAAUUCUGAUUUUUCUAUCAUACAGACCACCAAUUACCCCGCUAGUUACUCUUACAACACCAAUCCCGAUCCCUACCAACAGCCCAGCUUUGAUCCUCAUAAUCCAUCGUUUCUGCCUCAGCCUCAGCCUCAACCUCAACCUCAGCCUCGGCCACCGGGGGUUGACCCACCGUAUGGGCCGCCAUUGGGGGUUGACCCGCCGUAUGUGCCGCCAUUGGUAACAUAUGCGCAGCAACCAGUCAGCUUUGAGCAUCAGCAGGGUGCUGCUGCGGCGUCGUAUUAUCCGGACCCAAACGUGGCUUGGGCGGCUGCCGUCGCGCAGUUUGGGGUCGCUCCGUAUACCGCUGGUGUAAGUGCACCUAAUCCAGCAAUUCAGUCUCAUAGAAGAAAGACUUGGAAAAAAAUGCCCAGUAAGACAAAAGUGGUGCAAUCUGCUUGGUGUGAAGUAUGCAAGAUUGAUUGUAACAGCAAGGGUGUUCUCGACCAACAUAAAUUGGGGAAAAAGCACAAGAAAAAUCUUGAAAAAUUAAAAGGAGCCACAACAGUACCUGUCUCUGCCCCUGUGGCUGCUCCUCCUGCCACUGUAGCUACUUCACCAGCCAUUGUGGCUAUUCCUCCUGCCAUUGUAGCUACUUCACCAGCCAUUGUGGCUGCUGCUGCUGCUGCCACAGAGGCGGAUUCUACACCUUUGCCUCCCUCUGCUUUAGGUCCAGUGGAUAAACCAACCAUUGGACCAGAAGAGAAUCCCCACAAGUCCAGAACUUCCAGUUCUAAAAAAGCAAGGAAGAAGGCAGCUGCACGCACUGAGGAUUUGGAAACAAAGAGAAGGAAAGUCUUGGAAGGAGGAGCAGCAGCUGAUGGAGUACGCGCAUGCAGUAUUUGUAAUGUGGUUUGCAACAGUGACACUGUAUUCAAUUAUCACCUGGCUGGUCAAAGACAUGCUUUGAUGAUCAAGAAGCAAGCAUCCACAGCAGAAGUUGCUCCUGCCAUGUGAAAAUGGGUUGGUUAGUGGAGAUUGAGAUUGAACUUUACGUUCUGGUUUUCAUUUCUUCUCAGGCUUAGUUUCUGUCUAGAUUCUUUAGAAAUGAAAUUACUUGUACCUCCUGAGUGACUACAGUUACUUUAGGAUUUAUAACUUUAGGUUCAGGUUAAACUACAUUUUACCAAUUUGCUCCAAGUCUAUAGGCUAAUUUCACGAUGAAGAAUUAGCAUUAUGCGAGGAUGCAUGGGGCCCUUGUUUCUCAGGUUGCAGUUCUUACGGUGUUUUUUGGCCCAGAUGCUGGAUUGUUCUUAGGCUUCAGAUGCCCUCCUAAGAUGGGGAGCCGAUAGUGGUUAUGAUUGCCCCAUGACUAGGAUCUUUAAAGAAUUUGUAUAUAGAUUCUCUCUUUCUUCCACA